GUGUUAAAAAGUUUAAUUAGAUGACCUCAAUGCUUUUCUUUUAGGAAACUUUAUUGGUUAGUGGGCAUUAGGAAUUCUUAUAAAGUCCAAUCAAAAAUUGAGAUGUCUGAACUGGACGGUACCGCUCGUGAGAUUCUUUUCACAUUACCAUUCGGACUAGAUGCCUAUACGUUAGCAGUGUUUCCAAACAGUGGGGAUUUAUGCUUUAAUUGUUAUGAUCGUGGAAAUGGAUCUAAACUAAUGUGCAUGGAUUUGCAUUCAAAGGAGGUUAGAAAUAUUGCAGUAACGUUAUCACGCAUAGGUGGAAUAACUGCCACGAACGAUAGUAUAUAUUGGUAUGAUAGCGGCAGCACGACAAUAGAAGGUAUUGAUUCUAAUGGAAGGCGCCAUCCAAGUUUACAUUGUGACCCGGGAGAUAACGUGGGGAAAUUAAUUGCUUUGGAAAACUAUUGUCCUCAAGGCAUCAAUCCAUGCCAAAUGAAUAAUGGUGGAUGUCCGUUGGGGAGUAUUUGUUUGCCAAAUCGAAGUUCAUCAUCUAAAAAAAGUUGUAAACAAAUAAAGUUAAAAUAGUUUUAAAUAUUUUAUUUCGUUUUGUGGAAAUCUUUGAGAAAUUUUAUAAUUUGUACACUGCCGCUCAUCUGAAUAGGUUCACAUUUUAGUUCAUUUUACAUUUGGCCUGUCUUGGUAUUUAAUGCAAUGGCACAUCUUUUUUAUGUAUGUAACGAGAGAACAUCUUUAUGCGCUUAGUUUAGGAGAAAAAAAAUGGUCUUGGGGCCUACCGUUCUUCUCACACGGUAGCUAGACCAAAUCUAGUCAUAAAAUCAAGCAUAUUUUUUGGCUCAUCUGAAUAGGUUCUAAAGCAAAAAUGUUAAUAAAUGAUGAGUUGCAUCGGUCUGUUGGACUCAAAAUUGUGUCUGUCAAUAAAUCUGAUUGUGUAUAACCUGUAAGGAUGAAAACGGGUCGUGAAAAAUCUUUAGGCGCGGAAAAAAUGUGGAAAAUAAAAGAAGCCUUUGAAUUAGACUGAAAUCAACGAUGCAUUGGGACAAAAAUUAACACAAGUUAAAAUUUAGUAUGCAGUUAUUUGCGCAAUAUCCAAGGGUAUAGAAACAACAUUUACAAUCGAAGUUGCUUAGCCACAACAUUGGCCGAUAGGUGUGAAAUGAUCUGAACAGCAUGACUUCGCGCUAAAAAUUAAGCUGAAAACCGGUAUGAAAUGCAGUUUAACGACGGCAAAACGGGUUGUCAGAAUUGGUAAACAUUUGAGGAGAACAAAACCUCGCAAAAAUUAUCACUUUACAAACCACGAACAGAAACUCACCUCCAAUAAAAAAAAAAAAUUGUCGUGAAAGUCGAAUUUGCUAUUUCCUCAUACAAAACUUUUUAUCUGCAAUAUCAAACAGAGUUUUUUUUACUAUUGGAGGUGAGUUUCUGUUCGUGGUUUGUAAAGUGGUAAUUUUUGCGAGGUUUUGUUCUCCUCAAAUGUUUACCACUUCUGACAACCCGUUUUGCCGUCGUUAAACUGCAUUUUAUACCGGUUUUCAGCUUAAUUUUUAGCUCGAAGUCAUGCUAUUCUGAUCAUUGCACAUCUAUCGGCCCAUGUUGUGACUGAGUUACAUCGACUUUUAAUGUUGUUUCUAUACCCUUGGAUAUUGCGCAAAUAACUGCUUACUAAAUUUUAACUUGUGUUUGUUUUUGUCCCAAUGCAUUGUUGGUUUCAGUCUAAUUCAAAUUAUUCUUUUAUUUUCCACAUUUUUUCCGCGCCUUAAGAUUUUUCACGACCCGUUUUCAUCCUUACAGGUUAUACACAAUCAGAUUUAUUGACAGACACAAUUUUGAGUCCAACAGACCCAUGCAACUCAUCAUUUAUUAACAUUUUUGCUUUUGAACCUAUUCAGAUGAGCCAAAAAAUAUGCUUGAUUUUAUGACUAGAUUUGGUCUAGCUACCGUGUGAGAAGAACGGUAGGCCCCAAAACAUUUUUUUUCUCCUAAACUAAGCGCAUAAAGAUGUUCUCUCGUUACAUACAUAAAAAAGAUGUGCCAUUGCAUUAAAUACCAAGACAGGCCAAAUGUAAAAUGAACUAAAAUGUGAACCUAUUCAGAUGAGCGGCAGUGUAUUCACUAUGUAUUUCGUUUUCGAAGAUUUUUUUUAUUUUUAUUCAUUCAAUAGCCCUUAUAGUCCGGUCAAAUUAAACUAAAAUAAGGGGGUGAGGUAACAUAAAUUUCCAGCAAGCUGA